AAGCCACAAGAUCAUCACCUGAGCCGAAGUCAGACGCUUAACCUUACCUGAGCCACCCAGGUGCCCCUAAACACAUUUCUUUGAAUUAAUUGUUUUUCUUUUAGCACUGCCAAAACACACUGCAUGUUGAAAAUACACACGGCAGGUAAGUAAAGCCAACCAAUACAUGGAUAAGCAGAGAGACUCCCGUUUUGCCUAGGGACUGCCUAACUUGAAAACAGCAUUCUGCUGUACAAGUAGAGAACGUUAUCCUGGACUAAAUGAAUCAGAAAUUAGCUGUGUUUUCUAAUUAUUAGCAUCAUUCUCCUAUUACAGAGGAUGCAUCUUAGGCACAGAGAGGCUAGGUCAGCUCCCCCAAGUCACUGAGGUACUAAGUGGUUGAGCCCCACAGGCAAGGAUACACAACAUGUCCAAAAGUGAACGCACCUGCACCCACCCCCACUCCCCAUGCAUCGGCAUCUCCUCCAGUGUUGCCUAACCCAGUGAAAAGCAGCCUUCUACCCAGCUGCUUCGGCCAGCGACUCUUAGAGCCGUCCUUCCUUGCUGCCUCUCUCUCACCACCCCCUCAAACACCAAGUCCGUCCAGUCCAACCUCCUACGUCCUUCAAAAUAAGAUCUUGACACUUACUUCCAUCACUACAGUUAGUUCCCUAGGCCACAUGACCCUCCUCUCUGCUUGAUAACUACCACCAAUAUUAACCCUUGGCCACAAAUUUCUUCAUCCCGCUACCUGAGGGACCAUUCUUAAAUCCUAAUCUGGUCUUGUGUACCCUGCUCAAAACUCUGCAGGGUCUUCCUGCUGUUCUUGGGAUAACGUCCAGCCUCCUGGACCAGGCACAGCAGGCCUUGCCUACCCUCAAAUGCCUCAUCUUCAGCAGAUGGCCUCCUCCACCCCCACUUCAUAUUCCAGCCAACUUAAACCUCUUUCUGUUCAGUAGAUGGCCACUGGGCUUGGGCACUCUCUCUCCUCCCUGCGUCUCCUGUCCCCAGCCUUCAUUUGCCUGAUUCCUACUGAUGUUCAAGCUAUCAGGUUAAGUAGAGAGCGAUUUCCAUUUAACCCUAGGAAUCCCUGGAUGAAACGGCACUGUUAAUAAAACUUUUUACUGAAAAGUGAUGGAGAUUUCAUUAUAAGUUCUCCCAAAUAGAUGUUUUACCCUGGUUCACAGUGAGUUAAUUGGAGAUGCAAUCUGACAGCACAGUUGUUCUGGAAAAGGCUUCCUUGCUAGGAAUAGGAUGACACACAGCAAAGAUCUCAUCUCCUUUCAUAUGGAUCCUUUGAUGCACUUGGACACGGAGUUUGGGAUGUGUCACAAACUUUCCCAAUGUGAAGGGGCCCUGCCUUCCAGUGAGGAGGGAUAAGCAGAAACGUGGAAAGAAUAUGUCACUUUAUGGCACCUUUGACCCAAGAAAUUAAAUGCCUUCCACUACCUCCCUUGGACUUUGUUUUGAUAAUGUUUCACUCGGAGUUGCAGUCUGAGUUUCUGUUGGGACAAGAGAAAGUGUACUAACUAAUCUUCCCUUUACAAGAGGUUUGGUCUUUUAGUCCCUGUGGCCAUCAAGGAGGCAAAGAUCAGCUGCUGCUCACUAUUGGAGCCCUCUAAGGGAUCCUGACAGUGCCUUCAUAGAACUCCUUAGGGGUCCCUACCAGGUGCCAGAAACCCCUGGAGGAAAGUUUGUCAGUUCCUGUGGGGUCCAGUGGGCAGCAGCACCCCCUGCUGGUUCUGUCUUGUCAUAGACUCAACUGUGAGCAUUAACCUCAUUCACUAUAACUCCUCUGCCUAGGCAUGAAAUGAAGUGUGUCCCUUGGACAAGAGAAAAGAUGGAACCACCAGUCCAGUCACCACCACAACCCCCAAACCCAAACCUCAGCCAGAGGCGUGGACUAGAGUCCCAGGGUCCUGGCAUACUUGCUCCAUGCUGACAUGUCCCUAACACAGGGCACGGUGUGACUGUCUCUUCUGCAGCCUGGCUGUUGAGGAGCUCAGCUGUGCUGGUAUAUACAGUUUUAUUACCCAAACACUCAGGUAAGUGUCAAAGCCCACUGUCUGUAGACAAGGAAACAAACGGAAAGGUUUAGGUCGCUGGUGCAGGAAAGGGUGGAUCUGGGCAUCACACCUCCGUUUUGCCUGACUCCAAAGCCCGACUUUGCACUCACAGUGAUAUUCAUGGAUUGUGUUUCAGCUGCUGAAAUGCAUAUAUUGUUCCAGUAUUGUAUAGUCAUCAUGGUCCCAACACCUGUCCACCUUGAAAUGGAGGUACUCAGCAACCUUGAAAGGUUCUAAGAUUUUGUGUCUGUCCUCUGAUGAGCUGCCCUGAAGCCAACAGACCUGGAGUCCCUUGGCAUGGAAGGCUUGCCUCAGAACCAACAGCCAAGCAGGACUUCAAUGUCCAGGGCUCCCCCCGUGGAGUGGUUCUUUGCCAUGUUAGAGAGCCUUUGCAAGCAACCCCACUACCCAAAUUAGGUCUCUACCUGUCUCACUGGUGACCAGGUAUUACGAAUUGAGAGGCAAGCAGAGGAAGUGCUUUUAGUAGCUGCAUCACAGCCGUAGCACUGACCAGACCCCACUGGUGAUUUGAAGCCCAGUAGCCCAAGGACUGCAGUCCGACUCUAACUAGGUGUCUCUCUGUUCUUCGGCGUGCACGUCUGUACACUGUGGGUGAGCAAAGUGCCUGUGUCAUCAGCCUCCCCAGCCUUGAGAGGUGUGUCCUGACCAAACACACACACAUACACUUAAGUAGGGGUAAGAGGCCCUGCUGUGUGUCCCUAAGGUACUGUGAUUUCAAUUCUGCCACCGCUCUUCUCACACAAUGUGCAGUGGUCAUCUGCUUGCAGACUACACCCUGUGUGAUCCCUGUGUCCCCACUGAGUCCAGUGAACUGACACAUGAAUUUGGGUGGUGCUUAGAACAUGUUUCUUCAGCGAAGGAGGGACCUUCACCCAGGGUCCUUCAUCCCAAAGGGCAGCUCGUGUACCGGUUAUGACACAGGAGGAUGGAGUAAACAGGACAUCUCUGUACUCAGAUUCUCUGUGAGGAGGAGGAAGAUUGGAUUUUUUGUACCAUCUCUAAUUCCAGAAACUUAAAGAGGCUGUAAAGGGAUUUUCAAUGUGUGGGUCACUGUUGCCCCGUCGGCCACAGUUCUGGUCUCACAGUGGAACUUGGGUCAAGAUCCUUGGAGCUCCAGGCAACUCAGAGAAUGUUUUCCAAGUCCCGAGCGACUGGUGCACAGAGUAGGUGCCCACAGUGAUCUGUCCAGUAGGUGGAUUGUUGAGUGAAUUAAGGCUGCUAGUUAAAUAUGGGACGCUCUGCGUCCGACUUCAGCCAGGUCACGAUCUCGCACUCCGUGAGUUCGAGCCCCGCGUCGGGCUCUGGGCUGAUGGCUCAGAGCCUGGAGCCUGUUUCCGAUUCUGUGUCUCCCUCUCUCUCUGCCCCUCCCCUGUUCAUGCUCUGUCUCUCUCUGUCCCAAAAAUAAAUAAAUGUUGAAAAAAAAAAUUAAAAAAAAAAUGGGACGCUCUGGCAAGAGCACAAAUCCCCUUGGGGGACGGGACAUGAGCACACGGGUGAAGGCUGUGUCAAUCCAGGUGACUGCUGUCAGCCUCACAAGAAGGCGCUCCUCCUCACUGUCCUUCCAGCUCUUUGUCCAAACCUGCCUCUUCUCUAAGUGGUCCUCUCCAUGUCCCUUCUCUGCCUAACUUACAGCCCGAUACAGGGUGUCAUUCGGCAUCUGUGAUCCUUGGGUGUCCUUUGCAGUCCAGCUGACUGAACAGAAGCUGACUCAGCACAGCAGGGUCUAGUGCCUGUCACCCGUUGUUCUCCCCUGCUUUCUGUUAGGCUCUCACUCCCUUCCCCUACCCCCCAGCUGCUCCAGCCUUCUGGCAGUAUCUGCACUGUUUCUGGAAGCCUCUGCCUCAGACACUUCUUCCCAACUGUUCCCUCUUGACAGGAAAGUCCUGACCCCAGAAAUGUGCUUGUCAGAUUCCUCUCCCUGUUCACAAUGUUUGUUGAAAGGUCACCUCUUCGUGAACCCUGAAUUCACACCCUUGGGGAUACUUUCUAGGUUCUGCUUUUGGGGCUGACAGAUCACCUGGAGAGGCAUUGCCAGCAAACAUGCGGGCGCCUGGGUCUAAGAGCCAAAGAGUUUGUCUAGAACCAAAGAGAAGAACCUGGAGAAUGUCCUAAUAUUCUGACUAAAAGGCAGAGGGGCACCCAAGAAAACGGGAGGUCAAAUUAUCACCGAAGGCAGGCCAGCCCCUGAGCAGCUCCUCAAAUGAGUGGAAUUGUGUUCACGCAUCACUUGUAGCCUGAACCAUGGGCCCUGAAUGCUGAGGGAAGAUCCCUGCUCUCCAGUAGCCAUAGUCUGACCAGAAACUCAGAGGAUAAGGCCCUGCCUGCAAUAGCUGAGUGCCUGUUGUCUUUGGGGCCACUGUGUCCAGACCUGGCCAUGCAGCUUCUGUUGUUCUAAGAUGGGGAUGGCAGUACCUGCCUUCCUUGCUUCCAGGGCUCUUCUGACAAACACAGGACGGAAAGCGCGCGUACACACACACACACACACACACACACACACACACACACACAGAUCAGAGAACUGGAAAGAACCUAGGUCCUUGAUGGCGUCACCAGACCCCAGAAUGUGCCCCGCCUGCACCCACCCUUACUUCUGAUUUCAUUGUGUGAUUGUGAAUUGCCUUUGUGAUUAGACCUGUUUGAGGAGGGGUUUCCUCUUUACUCACAGCACAAAGCAGACUUCUGGAUAUGGGGAGCAUCGUGGGGUUUGGUUUUCUUUUCUGUGGGAGCCAUGUCGUGUCGUGGGUAAGGGCACAAGCUCUGUUCCUAAACAACCUUCCUUCCAACUCAGUUCUGCCACUUGCAGUCCUGUCAUUUUGAGAAAUGUACCUGGCCCUGUGUCUUACUAUCCUCACCUGUGAAAUGGGCUUAUUAUUCUUAAUAGUGACAAUACCAAGCAGAGAGGGUUGCAUUUGUGAAUACAUAAUGAGGUAAUGCAAGUAUGGUUCACAGAAAUGCAUCUGCCACAUUCCCUAUCUUUACACCUACUGAUGCUGCCAUGGGAGAGGUGGCAGGUCAGGCUUUACACCACGUGAGCUAGAGCAAAGAACAUAAAGAUCACAUUACACGUCUGUGUUCAGCCCUAGAAACUCUCCUCCUCUGCCAUACAUUCUCAUCCUUUGCGUCAUGCACGGACGAUCCGUCACCAGAGGGCUGACUCUCCCACCUGGGGACCACAAAUACACACCGUCUUACACAGUGUGCAUCAAUUCAGUACACUCCAGUUAUGUCCUCAGAUAGCCUGCCCUGGUCCUGGUGCCGGGGUGGGGGUGGGGGGUACCCCAGGGCAGGUAACGGAGCACAUGAUGUUCCCUUACACCCACACGGCAUCGGAAGCUGUCUGCAUCCUAGUGCCUGCCUUUCUUUCCAGACUCGCCUCCCUCCGCCCUAAAAUUCGGAUUACACUCACACUGGAUUCCAGGGCAGACCCUGCCACUUCAGUCUCUCUCCUUCAGCCUCAAAUUCCUCCUGGUUAAAGGCAAUAAUCCUGCCUACUCAAGGUUUGUUGGGAGACCUCCAGGAGACAACAAAUGUAAAACACCUAGCUGACAUUAGCUGGCACAUGGAAGGCGCUGGAUAAGAAACGGCAUUAUCUGUUUCGCUUCUUUAAUCCACAGCACCUGGAAUGCAAAAGUCUGGGUCCUUCUGGCCACACACCUCCCUUGCUAGCUUCCAGCUCUUUGACAACCUUUGUCUUCAGCUUGCUGUCUAGACCAAGGGCCAGGUGGAGCUGUGAGCAUGGACCACACCUCCAUGGAUCCGCUCCGGAAAUGCAGCUCAACACUGAUUUCUGAGUCUUCCCCGAUGAUCUCUGAAGAGACCUCCCGGGAAGUCACGGCAGCCUCCUCUCCUUCCUUCUCGGAACUGCUUAUGAUGGGCCUGGGUGACCUCAAAACCAGUCCUGGCACCAAAUACCCUGCCCCUCUUCCAGAGGGGCUGCUCCAACAGCGCUACAGAGAUGAGAAAACCCUACAAGAGAGGCGGUGGGAAAGGUCAGCGUCCCCUCAGAGGAAGAAAACCCUUCUGGGGCACAUGAGACGGCGGCACCUCGAUCAGGUGGCACCUUAUCGGGUGGAGAGGAAAGCCAGGAUCUCCUCCUCAGGUGAUAGAGAUCAGAACAGAUUCAGAUGCGAAUGUCGAUACUGCCAGAGCCAUAGGCCAAAUGUCUCUGGGAUGUCUGUGGAGAGGAAAGGGGCCCCCCAUGCUUCCUCCUGGGAGACACUGGUACAGGGCCUCAGCGGCUUGACCCUCAGCCUGAGCACCAGCCGACCUGGCCUGCUGCCCGAAGGGGUGCUCCAACAGCAGGAAAGAGACGAGAAGCUCCAACUGGAGAUGCAGCAGGAAAGCAAAAGGAUGUUUCAGAGGCUCCUAAAGCAGUGGUUGAAAGAAAACUGAGGCUCUCAUCCUCACGUGACGCAGGUCUGAAUGGCUCCAGACAUGAUCCUGAGCGUGGAUUUCUUUUGGGGACCAACCAGUAAGCAGUCGUCAGAGAAGUGACAAGAGCAGCGUUGAUGACUGAAAAUUCGAUCGGCGUGAGCCCUCAUCCAAUCCCCGGAAGGUUCUGUCUUACCUUGAAUUUGUGGAUCCCUGUGGGGCUUUCUAUGGGACACCGCAUACCCCAGGGGUCCGUAACUUCCUUAUUAUGGCUCCCGUGAUGCAUGUUGUCACUUUCCCACCCCGAACUCUGCCUCUCCUCCCUGCCUUGUUGUCAGUACGGUAGAGAGCUUCUCUGUAGCAUGAAUGCCCCGUUGAUGAUGGCCAUGUGCUUUUGUGCCAUUUCACGGACUGCCUCCCAGCAGCAGCACUGGUCUGCUGGAAUGGACGUGUGCUGAACGGAGAUCCACUUUCAAGAGACUGACGCUAAAGGAGGUGCAGAAAGGGACAUGGAACUGGAACUUGGUGGUUCACUAUUGUGUUGUCUGUGUAAGCCGUUAUGAGUAUGCUGAGCUAAAUGUAGAACAUUGUUUCCCUGCUUUAUAACACGGAUGGUAUUCCCCUCGAAGGAAUUUCUGACCCGUUACCUCAUCAUCCUUGCCAAAUAAAUAUACAUAUAAAAAAAACCUAA